AGCCACAAAUCCAGCGGCGGAAGAAAAAUUUCGCACGCCGUUGAGAGGAAAAGAAAGGCGAGGUGGUGAUUGAUUGAUGAGAUUUGUUUUUAUGGCUACUAACCUGAAUCUGAGCCCGAACAACCAUGCGAGUUCAUUGCUGCUUCCGGAGAUCGGGCCUGAUGGCCUGGCGCAAGAGUCACCCGUCAUUGCUUACACCGUGAAGAUAAUUGAGGAAGAACAGCUUCAGUUAAGGAAAUACAUUGAUGAAAAUUACUCCAAGAUUCGUGAUGUUGAACGAGAAUUAGUAAAUCUAUCAAUGGAAAUGAAGCUUACUGCUGGACCAAAGAAAGCAGCACUUGAACACAUGCGAAAGAAAAUAGAAAUGUCAACAGAGAGAAUUCGUACUGCUAAACUCAAAGAAGAACAAGCUAAAAAGAAUGAAUUCGCUAAAUCUGUUCUGCAGUUUGUUUCUGUAAACGCUAUUAUGCUACUUCUCGAAUCUCAUUUUUGCUCACUUGGUUCCUACAUGAGGAUUCUUUUGUUGAAUUUUCAUUUCAUGUCGGCUUGGGAAGCUGCAGCUAAAGUUGUGCAAGAUGAGGAAGCAGCGAAACAGAAGCUUUGUGAAGAUUUGAAUAAACUGGUCCAGGAAAGUAGCAACACCCAGCUUUCUAGAUUGGAGGAAUUGAAACGCCGACUGGAGGCUCUGAACCCAAGCAGAUCAUCUUCAUCUGUUUCCUCUGUAAGCUCUAGCGAAAAUCCCAUUUUUCAGGACAAGAAUGUAAUACUCAUGCCGGCUGGUACAACUCAAGAUCCAUCCACUGCUUGUACAUCACAACAUUCCAGUGGAUCAACAAAAACCACAUCUAGUGGAGAAAACACAGCUAUAAAUGGCCAAAACCCACCGAGUUUUAAUGGUGGGGAAGGAAGAGGAAAGAAGAAGAGCUCUACUCAAGGGAGAAUUAAAGGAGUAGGAGCUGUGACUAAGGGUAGGGGUCCUGGCUGGACUGGGGCUGGUUUUGAUAUAGACGGUCGAGGUUGAUUGAGAUACAUCUUUUAUUAUGAAAUUGUGUUUCUGCAUAUACAAUUUGUUCAUUUUUAUUAUUAGAUGGGUUUCUGGCUCUUUGUCAUCCCCACUUAUACAAGGUUAGUAAAGUUCAAUGUUUUGAUUUUUAAUUUUGGUUCGAUGGGUAUUGAUGUUGACCAUUAGUUAUAAUUCAUGAGCUUUUCUGUAAGUAGAUAAGAGAACCAUUUGUGUUAUGCAUUUGUAAGGAUAAUUAUAGAAACUAAACCUGAGGUUGAGGUUUUGUCUGGUCAUGGAAAACUCUCCUUAGUUCCCAAAAAUUUUAAAUGCCCC